AUGGCUGUUCGUAUUCACCUGCUACUCCUGAUCAUAGUGGUUCAUUCAUCUUUUGGAGCGGACAACGUUUUAGAAAAGUUCCCUUUGUCCUUUGUAUUCGGUGUUAGCAGUUCAGCCUUCCCCACAGAAGGAUCUUGGGACACUGAAGGAAAAGGACCCAGUAUAUGGGACGAUUUCACCCAGAACAGCUCAAAUAUCCAUGGAAACGGUGACGCCAAGAUUGCACCAGACGGUUACCAUAAUGUGAAGACUGACGUACAGCUGCUGAAGUCCCUUGGCGUCUCACAUUACAAGUUCUCCCUGUCGUGGCCACGACUUCUCCCAACUGGAACUACUGAACGUGUCAACGAUAAAGGCGUGGCCUACUACAACGAACUAAUCGACGAACUGUUAGCCAAUGACAUCCAGCCUUUCAUAACACUACAUCACUGGGACCUACCCCUGCAGCUGCAGAACCUCGGUGGCUGGGCGAAUGAAUCAUCGGUCACGUGGUUCAAGGAAUACGCUGACCUUUGUUUCAAGACAUUUGGAGACAGGGUGAAGACGUGGAUAACAAUUGAAGAUCCCGUGACCCUGGCCUACAAAGGUUACGAAACUGGUGAGCAUGCCCCAGGUUUAAAAAACCCAGACCUGGUGUAUCUUGUUGGGCAUAACUUGAUCCGGGCUCACGCCGAGGCUUAUUUAAUCUACAGAGACACUUACAGAGCUUCUCAAAAUGGACAAAUUGGGAUAGCUUUACACUGCGACUGGUUUAUACCAAAAACCAAAUCUACCCCUGACCGCAAGGCAGCGGAGAGAGCUAUAACGUUCCACCUGGGAUGGUUUGGUGAUCCUCUGUUCAAGGGUGACUACCCAGCUUUGAUGACACAUUACGUUGCCCAAAGAAACAGACCGGAACAUGUUGUAGAACGAAAACUUCCAGAAUUUACAGACCAUGAAAAAUCUCGGAUAAAAGGAGCUCUUGACUUCUUGGCUGUUGGCCACUUCAAGACAAAGUUAGUAUCAGCGAAAAUCAACCCGGAGCAAGGGUUUCUUAAAGAUCAAGAUUUACUGCUAGAAAUUGAUGUAUCGUAUCCCAAACUGGAGUACCGUCCGGAGACAAACCCCGACAGUGACAAACGUCUCAUGGGGUUUGGUCUGAGGGAUCUUUUGGUUUACCUGACCAGAACAUACAACAGUCCUGCCAUUUAUGUGACAGCAAACGGGCUAGAGACUUGUGGGACACUGCAAGAUCAAGACAGGAUAGACUAUAUCAGAGACUACAGCAACCAUGUCUUACAAGCAAUCAAAGCCGGAAGUGACGUUAGAGGAUACUUCGUGUGGUCCCUGAUUGAUGGAUUUGACUGGAACCAUGGAUUCUCUAGCAAGACCGGACUUCACUUUGUGGAUAUGACUGCCAGAGACAGACCGCGCUAUCCACGCUCCUCGGCCACGUUUUACCGGUUGCUGGUCGAAAACAGGGGUUUUGAUGACAGGCUUCUCAACUACCGGGCCUACGCCAAAGAUCGGGACGAGUUCUACGAAGGGCGAUUCCCGGAAGCUUUUUUAUGGGGCGUGGCCUCGUCUGCAUAUCAGAUUGAAGGUGGUUGGAACGCUGAUGGAAAAGGAGUCAGUAUCUGGGAUACGUUCGCUCACAGUAACAAAAUACACCAGGCCCAAACCGGAGACGUUGCAUGCGACAGCUACCACCUCUACCAGGAGGAUGUCAAGUUGUUGGAGAACUUGGGGGUUGAUUUCUACCGGUUCUCCAUCGCCUGGACUCGAAUCCUGCCAGAUGGGACAACAGCCAACAUAAACCAAGCCGGCAUUGACUACUACAACCGCCUCAUCGAUGCCCUGCUAACUAAAAAUAUCAUCCCCAUGGCCACUUUAUUUCACUUUGAUCUUCCUCAAAAUCUCGAAAACUACGGUGGCUGGAAAAAUGAAAGCACGGUGAACAUAUUUGGUGAAUACGCCCGACUAUGUUUUGAGAAGUUUGGAGAUAGGAUAAAGUACUGGGUGACUAUAAACGAGCCGUACGUGAUCGCCUGGCUGGGGUACGGCUUGGGAGUCCAUGCCCCAGGAUUUAUUGAACCUGGAGAUGGAGUUUAUCAAGUUGGUCACAACCUUAUCCGUAGCCACACACGAGCCUAUCACAUCUACAAGGACAACUUCAAGGACAAACAGAAGGGUAUGGUGGGCAUCGCGCUAAGCUGUGACUGUAUGGAGCCACUGACUGCAUCCCCAGACGAUGCCAUAGCUGCUGAGAGAGCUGUUCAUUUUAACAUAGGAUGGUUUGCCAACGCCAUAUUUUCUGGAAGUGGCGACUACCCACAAGUGAUGAAAAAGUUCAUUGGAGACAAGAGCAGGCGUCAAGGGUUUGCUUCCAGCAGACUACCAGAGUUUACGGACGCCGAGAAAAUACUAAACAAUGGUUCUGCUGACUUUCUGGGUGUCAACCACUAUAUAUCCCAUCUGGUGAGGAACAGACCUAACCCGGACUCGACCCCCAGCUAUGAGUUUGAUGGCGAUCUGGAGCUAACACAAGACACUUGCUGGCCACGCACCGGGGCAUACUGGAUGACAGUGAAUCCUUGGGGCAUCCGGAGGUCGCUAGCCUGGGUCAAAGAACAUUAUUAUAAUCCGUUGAUUAUCAUCACCGAGAACGGUCUGAACACCAACAGUGACAUCCAUGAUCCGGCCAGAAUCGACUACUACAAGUUCUACACAAACGAGGUGCUCAAAGCAAUAAAACUGGAUGGUGUCCGAGUGCAUGGUUACACCGCCUGGUCGCUGAUGGACAAUCUCGAGUGGACAGAUGGCUACACCUUGAAGUUUGGCCUUUACCACGUUGAUUUCAGCAGCCCCAACAGGACCCGCACACCUAGGUCUUCCGCGAGAUUCUUCCGCGAGUUCAUCGUUCAGAACGGCUCUGCUAAAUCCAGCUUACAUUUGGCAGUUUUUGAGCUGACAUUGUUGUGUGUCUUGUAUGCAUAUUUUAUGAAUUUAUUCACUCAAUGUUUGACAAUUUCAGAUAAAAAUAAUAAAAUGUAA